AAUUUUAACCAAACUAAACAGUAGCUUAAAUCGUCUGGUUAAAUUUAAUUUUCUUUGCUGGCUCAGCCACACUCGCUCACCCGCUCUCACUGUAGCAAGCUCGAGAAUUUGCCGAUGAAAAUCUGCUCGAGUUUUUUUCUUCUUUAUAUGUACUCUCACAACAGAUCAUUCCUUCAUUUCUUGCCGCUUAACGCUUCGAUACAAGCGAGGCUUCUCUUCUAUUUUCUACUUAUUUUCCUCUCAGCCUCAGCAACAGUUGGCUUUCUGGUAUGGAUAUGGGAGACCUUCAACGGACAUUUGGAGCACAAUAUGGUGCGAACCAACCAUUUUUUCCGGCUGACGUUAACCAGGUGAACUCGUCGAGCUCAAUAUCUAUCACAGGCAAGAAUAGAAAGGUUAAUAUGUUGGAGGUGGAAAAUGUGAGGUACGGUGUGGGUCUUUUAAGGAAUCGAGCCUUGAGACAAUUAGUAGCCGUACAGUCUCUUACAAGGGUGCUUCUAGAAGCUAAUGGCUUGCCCGAGCAAAUUGAAAAGCUAAAGUCAAUGGAAUCUAAACUCAAAAUUAUAAAGGAAAACAUCAAAAUUAUCCCGAAUUUGCCAGAACUAGAGGCUAGGAAGGAACUGCUCCAAGUAGAAAUGGACUUGGGGGAAUGCAAACAACAACUAUCAGAGGUACGCGGACAACAAUCAGGGGUACGCCGGCAACAAUCAGAGGUCCAUGAAAAAACAAGAAAGCUUUAUGGAAUCUUCCUUAAUAAUGAGGAAUUCAGCACGGAGACUCUAGAAAAAGAGCUUUAUUCUGCAGUGCCUUGUAUGAAAGAAGUUGCUGCAACUUAUGAUCAUGCACAUUUGCCAUCUCUUGAAGCAUUACCACCUACUUUUAGUGAUUUGGAUUUCCAAAUUUAUGACGACGACAAAGGUCUCCAUGGUAUACAAUUGGGGAACACUAUUACCAAUGGAAUGUUUCAACAGGGUGGGGGUGAGGCGUCUGAAGCACAAUACAACAAGAAUGCACCACCAUUGUCACACAGUGAUAAUCAGAUGAACUUAAUGCUCAAUGGAAGCAACAAAAGAGAUAGGGAGAUGGGGAAAGAUCCGUUCAAGAUGGUGGAACCGAAUUGGUCUCACUGCGACAAUGGGAAUAUCAUUAUGAUACCUACACCUGGAGCACCAAAUGGUGCUAAUGGACAACCAUUGCCGCCCAAUGAUAUACAAGUGAAUUGCUCAAGCUCGAUGUUGACCGGAGGAAAGAAAAGAAAUCAUAAAGCUAAAGGAAAAGGCAUCAAGAAACAGUGCCGGCCCCUGGCAAUCGGUGAAUCAUCAAAUUUGGGAGAAGAUUUUUCAGAAGAGCUUAUUUUGGGAUACAAUGAGGAGACUCCAAAAAUCAAGGAAUUCAGCCCGGAGACUCUAGGAAAAGAGUUUUAUUCUGCAGUGCCAAGUAUGAAAGAAGUUGCUGCAACUGAUGGUCAUGAAAGUUCGUCAACAAUGCUUCAACAGGGUGAGAGUGAGGCGUCUGAAGCACAAUACAACACGAACGCACCACCAUUGUCGCACAGUGAUAAUCAGAUGAACUUAAUGCUCAGUGGAAGCAACAAAAGAGAUGGGGUUUCAGAAGCUGGAGUACAAGGUACUGAAAUGAAUAAUGUUACUAUUCCUGUUGAUCAAGACCACGGAGGUUUGCUGGCUAGGGAGAUUUUGAAGUGUAAUUAUAGUUCCUGGCAUUCCGGACUUUUUAACAAAGACAACAACAGUGUGGAAGUUGCACACUUCCAUGGCUUACAACAAGCAUUGGACAAAACUCGCUAUGGGGAAACACCAGACUACCUCAAACAUAUCGUGACCCUAAUUGAAGUGGAUCGUGGAGAAGCUACUAAGUUUGGCCAUAAAAAUAUUGAAGUUCUGGUUUGUGCCGCAAUCAAAGAGAUGGAAGACUGGCGUACACCUAAGGAUUCCGGCUGUAACCAGUUGAAAAAGUGGGCCGCAACUCUCAAUAUGGGUAAGGAACAAGAUUUUGAAGUGAAAUUUGCUGAUGAAAAGUUGAUGAAUAUUUCUCUUGCCUGUUAUGCUUACUCAAUGGUUUUUGGAGAGGAUGGUUCAGCUCAUGAGUUUGCGAAUGGAAGGGUGUGAUGCUCAUAUGCUCAGUGUAUUUAAACUCGGGGAAUCGUUUUGGUAUUUGGUAUUUCAACUCAUAUGGUUUGGUAUUUGGUUGAACUCAGUUAAAGAACUUGGGGUUUCUACGGUUAUAUCUCGAUAUUUUGUUAUAUUAUUUGAACUCAGCGAUUGGUUUUUGUGUUCGAACUCAGUGAGUUUGUAUUGUGUCAGGUAUGUUGUUUAAUGAAUUGGUAUGUUUUAGGUGUGUUAUUUCUUUUAUCUUGGUUUAGAUUAGAAAUUUUGAAUGGUUGAUUAUAAAAUUUAUCAUUUCCAAGCA